CACGUUCAUCACUUCUAUAAGAAGGUUGAAAAAAGCUUUUUUCCCACAUUUUGUUCUUAUUUCAAAAUAUUUCAAAAUGUUCUUGAACAAUCUUAGAAACAAUGUUAGGUCUAAUGCUAAUGAGGAACGAGUCGAAAUCAAUCAACGACUUUUGAUUGAUAAGAUUUUGGCUAGAUACCCUUCCGAGUUUGUAGUAUAUCGAGAGUUGAUGCAGAAUUCUGAUGAUGCGAAAUCAUCCAGUGUCCAGAUUAAAUUUGAAUCAUCUGAUGCUUAUGAUAAAGUCAUACGAAUUCUGUUUAAAAACAAUGGAUACGCUUUUAAACAGGAUGAUUGGAAUUGAUUAAAGAGAAUUGCUGAAGGAAAUCCUGAUGAGCAAAAAAUAGGAGCUUUUGGUGUAGGCUUUUAUUCUUUGUUUAAAAUCUGUGAAAAUCCAUUUGUUUCUUCUGGUGGAAAAGGAAUGGACUUCAGCUGGCAUGGAAAUCAAUUAUUUACGAGUUUUGGACCAACUGGUGAUGAUGAUAAAGUUUGGACAACAUUUUUUAUGGAUAUGAGAAAACCUAUAGAGGUA